AUGGAACUGCAGAUCCCUUACGGCACCCGGAAGUACCCGAAUUCUUGCGGACGAGAUCGGCUGAGGCAAGCUGAUGUGGCGAGAGAUUUCGCGAUCGCGCUCUGGGAAGCGCUGCCGGAGGACACCACUACCGAGGCGAAAUCCCUCAACGACCACUGGCGUAUUGUGGAGCAAGCCAUCAGCAGCACGGCCGAGCGAACAAUUGGCCGCGUAACACGUAACCAGAGGAAGGAAUGGUUUGAUGAUGAGUGCAGGCGAGCACUAUCCGAGAAGAACGCGGCGCGUACCCGAAUGCUCCAGCGCGAGACCCGGCAGAACGUGGAAAACUACAAACGACUGAGAAGACAGCAGACCCGACUCUUUCAGCAGAAGAAACGCCGCAACGUGGAGGGAGAUAUCCUGUCGGACGAGCGAGCGGUGAUCGACAGGUGGAAGUGCUACUUCGACGGACACCUGAACAGAACAGAUAAAGCAAACACAGGACGAGGCACAGGUAGCAGAAUUGAUCAGCAGAAUGGCAGCCAACAUGAUGAAGACGAAGUGCCCCCGCCAUCCUUGGACGAAGUCAGCAGCGCCGUGAAGCAGUUGAAAUGUAAUAAGUCAGCUGGCAGCGAUGGACUGGUGGCAGAACUGUUCAAGAUGGGGCCGGAGAGGCUUGCCGUUAUCAUGCAUAGGUUGAUUCUAAGGAUUUGGGACCAGGAAGAACUACCGGACGAGUGGAAACUGGGUGUCAUACACCCAGUCUACAAAAAGGGCGAUAGGUUAGACUGUGCUAACUUCCGAGCCCUCACAGUCCUCAAUCCCGCCUAUAAGAUCCUGUCCCCCAUACUCUUCUGCAGACUUGCGUCCCUUGCUACAGAUUUCGUCGGAAACUACCAGGCUGGGUUUGUUGGAGGCAAAUCGACCACCGACCAAAUCUUUACUCUUCGGCAGAUCCUCCAGAAGUGCCGAGAGCACCAGAUCCCUACCCACCACCUGUUCAUAGACUUCAAGGCGGCCUACGACACCAUAGAUCGGACAGAGCUAUGGAACACCAUGCAGCAGUACGGAAUCCCUGAGAAGCUGGUACGUCUGUUGAGGGCCACUAUGGAUGGGGUGCAGUGCAAGAUGAGGGUGUUGAACAUGGUGUCGGAAUCGUUCCAAUCUCCCCGGGGUCCGAGGCAAGAAGACGGACUCUCCUGUUUGCUGUUCAACAUCGCUCUGGAAGGUGUCAUGCGAAGCGCGGGCUUCGACAUCAGGGGCACGAUUUUUACCCGAUCUCUCCAAUUCCUAGGCUUCGCGGAUGAUAUCGACAUCAUCGGACGGACAUCUGCGGCGGUGUGCGAGGCGUACACCCGACUCAAACGCGAGGCCGCUAGGAUUGGAUUGAGGAUCAAUGCGACGAAGACAAAGUACCUGCUUGCCGGGGGCUCUGAUCGUGAUAGCACCCGACUCGGAAGCAGAGUAUCAGUUGACGGCGACGAUCUCGAGGUGGUAGAGGAGUUCUGCUACCUUGGCACGAUCGUAACUUCGGACAACAACCGACGUCAUUUGCUGAAGAAAAGCCGACGACAGCUCGAGGAACAACGCAACAAUAAGGCGGCAGCGGAUGAUUUUGAAGUGGAUGUGGAAGAUCCACGAUUUAAGGCGAUCUACUCGAAGCCGGACUAUAACAUCGAUCCAACCAAUCCGCCCUUUAAGAAGACGAAAGCGAUGGAGCGUCUGAUUGAAACGAAGCUACGAAAGCGUCAGUUGGAGGAGAAUGAUGUGCGAGAAAAUAAUGGUAGGCAGGUGCAGCAGGAGCAACCGAAAGUGGCACGCAAAGACGUUGCCACAACAAUGCUCGUUAAGAGCAUCAAGCGAAAGAUAAGAAAUGCAUCGUAA